AUGCAAAUAAUUUGGUUUUUUCUGUCUUCGUUGCUGUUUUUAACAUCCUUUCCAACAAACACUGGGAUGAGAAAAAAUGGCACUUCAGCUCCCAGCUCCCUUACAGCAUUCAACGAAAUAGACGAGACUUCAGCUCCCAGGAUACAGCCCAGAAUCUACGGGGGUGAGGAAAUUAAAAACGGAAUACUCGGCGGCUUUGCUGUACAAGUUUUUAGAAAAGAUAAUCUGGUUUGCACGGGAACUCUACUGUCACCACGACAUUUCAUAACCGCGGCUCAUUGCUUCGAGAACAGUUUGCAGAAAGACUUUCACGCCGUGGCCGGGAGAUCGGAUGAGGUGAUUUCACGAACAUUGACCAGGAAGAACCAACUUAUCCAGGUGCGACAGCAUCCUCAAUUCAGCAAGAAGGACUUCAUCGGCGACAUUGCUGUGGCAAAGGUUCAAUACCCGAUGAAAAGCAAAUAUAUAGGCUAUGCCUUGAUCUGCUCCUCGCAAAUUUUCCCGCAUGAGUUUGUUACCGUAGCGGGUUGGGGCAAGAAUGGACGACCCUCAGGUGCUACGAACAGUCUCCGCACCAUAAAAGUGCCUAUUAUGGCUAAGAAGGAAUGUGAACGUAGGAUCGGAAGGGCCAUGCCGCCGAAUAUUAUCUGCGCUGGUGCCUUUAAGAAACGAACCAUCUGCGAUGGUGACUCCGGCGGACCGCUGAUGUUCCGGAAAGAGGUGUGCGGCGUUAGCACAUGGACCUGGGAGUGCGGCCAAAGCAAGAAGCCCGAUGUUUACAUGAGCGUACGCUACUAUGCUGACUUUAUUAGAAAUACUAUGGCCCUUAUGGGCAACUAAUAAAAA